AUGACCGGCCUUAGUAAUAAUUACAAUGCCGCUAUUAUAAAUAGAAAUCCUUACGAUAAGGAACUAUUAAACAUCAACAGAAAUGGUGGUGCAUAUUUAAAUAACAAACGUCCUCUCUGGAUACUAGAAGAUAUGGUGCCACUGCAAGACUUGGAACAAAGCGUAUUUACUACGCAUAAGCCAAUUUUCACUUAUAAAAAAAAUCCUUCAAAACAACGCAUAAAUGAUAAAAUGAAAGAAUUUGUACAGAAGAAAACAUAUUUACCAGAACGUAAAAAAUUACCAAAUCAUUAUAUAUAUAAUAAGAAUCAAAAUAUUGGUUUUGGUUCAACAUAUAAAACUGAGAAAAAACAAAAUGUACGUAGACAACAUUUACAAAAUUUUAGACCACAUAAAUCUGCACGCAUGGCAAUGCCUACAUUUGAUACCAUGCCCACUAAUGCUGAAAGCGAAACAACACCCAUUUUCGUUUAUAAUGGUCCAAGAGGACAACUUAUCGUUAACACAAUGCUUAGCAAACGUAAAUAUGCAAUGAAAGAACCAAUACCAGGAGAAGUGUUACAUCCACCAAAUGUACCCAUAUUUCGUCCAAAGCCUAUAGUACAACAUUUUCACAAACCAAGCGAAACACAACUUAAUUUAACUUUAAUACCAUUUUACGCACACGAAGCUAUAAAUCCGCGUGAUUUGGAUUACGAUACAGAUUAUACAACCACAACUCCAGCAGCGCCAGCUCCAACUGUGCUUUAUGAAACGCAAGUGCAACCAACCAAGAAACAACGCACAUCCAAACAUUAUGACGCUUUUCAUUCUCCACAUGAAGUGCAGUGGCGCCCAACUGCACCAACAUUACAAAUUGUUACGCCCACCACACCUUACUCAAUGGUUAUACCAUCUCCAUUACGAAAUCAUCGUUACAAUUCUUUGGACGACACAACAGCAACAACACCUUCGCAACCAGUAAGAAAUUUCAAAUUGUCUUAUAAAGAUGAUGAAGACCAAUUUCAAAUAAUUUAUGUGGAUGAAAGUUUAGAGAAACCAGCAACUUACGCUAAUAGACCAACUACAGCACCUUUUCCUAGUAGAACUUAUGCUGCCAAUAAAGAAUAUUAUGCUUUCCCAGUGCUGACUAUGGGAAAUCUAUUAAAACCAGAUGAUGAACAAACAAAGGAGCUUAUAAAUGAAGAGGUAAUUCUUUCCGUGAUAAUUUUAAAAACUAACGCUUUUUGGUGGAAUCCAACAACAACGGAGACACCAACAGUUAUUAAACACAUACCACUCACAUAUUAUCGAACUUAUACAUACCAACCGCUCUCACUUAAUCCCUACUCGUAUCCAUUCUUUGGCAAUGGUGGCUACGGUUCACCGCAACAAUCGCCCCUACUAGCUGGAGCUCGUUAUGAUACUUUUUCAGGCAAUUUCAAUCCAGAAUUUCAACAUGAUGUUACUGCUUCUGCAAUAACAACUGCAACUCCAGCUCCAACCACAUCCACUUCAACAACAACUCCUGCACCUACAACUACAACUAGUACAACAACAACAACUAUGACUACACCAAUCGUUGAACCUCUCUUAAAUGGAGCACCUUUUGGACAUUAUGGCAGUGAAUUCCCUACUUAUAAUCGACGUAUUUAUACGAGUAAUUAUAACCCAAAUUAUUACAGACCUCACUAUCCAUACCCGGAUUAUUCAUCUUAUGCUCCAUCUUUAAUUAAAUCAUCACAGUUACCUACAAAUAUACAAUUUGUACCUUGCAUGUGUCCUGUAAGUGUUGGAGUACCUUCCGGACAGCCAUUAGAGACACAAUCAAACCCUAUUUAUUUAGCACAGUCACGUUCAACAGUGAGCGAUGAAGCGGAUUUGGAUUUAUCACUUGAAAGCGAUGAGACAAAGUCGAAAAUUGUUAUAGAACCCGAAGUACUGAGUAAUAAUGCAGCAGAAGUGAAUUCAGAGGAACUACAUUUCACUAAUAAAAUCGAUGAAGGGUUGAGUGAUAAAAUUAAAGCGAAUUUGAAUUCGGAAAGUGAACACCAUUAA